AUGUCGUUUCGGCAAGCGACGCCACCGGACGAGGUGACGAGGACAGGCUACGCCCGAGACAUGCGCCCAAAGCAAACGAAGAACACAUGGUGCACCAAGACCGAGUCAAGCACAGGUCGCUGGCUCCUAUGCACCUGGCUUCUUGCAAUCAGCGGUGCUAUUUUGUGUAGCUCUGCAAAGCAACUGGAUCCGUUAUUUGGCUUCAAUCUCUUCGGUUGUGUCUUCAGCCUGCAAGCACGGCGGGCCUUGCGAGCAAGGUUGCCCAAGCAAGGCCGCGGCGCAGCAACCCAAAUACAGGCCUACUACGUGCUAGUGCCGGGUGAGGGCAGGUGUUUGUUCUACGCCGUGAGCACGGAAGUCAGCGGAGGGCAGAAAUGGGAGCUCAGCUGUGCCAUUGGGUCACACCAUGUGGAGGAUGGCACUGUGUCGCCGAGUCCCCCGGACCGAGUGAUAGCAGCGCCACGUGAGAAAGAGGCGGCAGCGACCCCAGCAGCCGAGGCAUUGCAAGCUCGAAUACAGUCGAACGUUGUACACGUGCCGGGGGACGGCUGGUGUUUCUUCUACACCGUGAGCAAGUACUUCAAAGGAGGGACGAACUGGGAUCGCAGCGCAGCCGCCGAAAUCUACUUGCAAGCCAUUGAGUGGUUGUUGGCUGCCCAGCACGGGCCUCAAGCAGACGCAGUUGCAACCGCGUGUGUGCCGUUCAACGCAGACGAAUUGCGCCUGCACGAGCACUUCCUCCGACAACAGCCGACUGCCGUCGAGACUGCAGCCUUGAAUACGACCGAAGUAGUCUUAUUGAGUAAGCUCCAUGCAUUAUUGCCCCAGCCUGCCAUGUUAGACUCCAUCCACCACGCUUCUGCUGGCGUGGAGUUAUGGGCUUUGACCCAACAGUUCGAGUUUGAGUGUCUUAUUUGGGGUUCCCAAGAGAACGUGAAUUACUGGGUGCGGUCCAUGGACUGCCUCACCGACCAGGAAGCACAUGCAAAGCUGCAACACCACAGCCCGGUAUUGGAGCUCGUGCAUGCGCAGGCCGAGCCGCAGCCAGCCAAAAUGCCCAACGUCGCCUGGAAAGGCAGCGGCGCCCAACGUCGCCUGGCCUGCCCAGUUGCCUGGCAGCUGAGUCAGAGGCGUCAGCUAGGCUACGAAUCGCAGAAGGACUGGAUGGUGGAAGGCUGCACCAAACAACUGCGAGCGCGAAGCAAAGGCAAUGCCAAAGCGCCACUGCCCUGGGAGGACCUGAGCCGUGCUGCCACAGUCUCCAAGCAGGCCAAAGAGGCGGCACACGAUGUCGGGGAUGUGCAAGCGGAAGCGGCCGCGCUGUGUGUCAUCGCUCAGAUCCACGUCUUUAACGGUCGACCGCAGAGCGAAAUCCUCGAAACCUUGGAGGAUGCCAUGGCUCUGGCGGUCGAGGCGGAGGAUGGGCGGACGGAAGCCACGGCGUUGCUGUUGAAGGCAGAGAUUCAUUUGCAGGCGGAAGAGCUGCAGGAGGCGCUGAAUGCAGCGAGGCAGGCGGAGCUGCUGCUGGGCCGCAUGGACGAUGAGGCGGCCAGUGCCAAAGUCGAGGAGAUCCUCAACAAGCUCCGCGGCUUUGAAUUCCGCGUGGACGAGGCACCGGUGGCGCCGGCCUAUCGAUCCUACGGCUAUGAUCCCCGCAUGGCGUUGCCAUUGGUGUCGGGCCCCGACCCUGCUGUGGUCAAAGCCACUAUCCAGGAGGUACGGGGAAGCACCGUGCUGCCGAAGCGAACGAAGGAAUGCAUCCUGUACAUUGUCUUUUGUUCCGUUUGGCUCAAGAAACCCACCAGCCCCCAGCCGACGGGCGCUGGUUCUGCCGAACUCGCCGAACUCGGCGGAGAGGUGGAUGUGGUGAAGAAGAUCUCUGAGAUGGAGCAGAAAGCUCAAGUGUGGCAGGGGGAUUUGGAUCAAGAACUUCACAGGCUCAACCGCCAAUUGAACGAGCAGACGUCGCAGGUUGAAACUCUGAAGCGGCAUUUGGAUCAGAAGAAGAGGCCCGUCCUCGCUCCGAGUCUGUUCCACCAGGAGCGCGGCUUCGAGGAUGCCAGGGCUGCACAGCUGCGGGAGAGGGAGGAGUUGCUGCAAGCGAAGGAGAAACAGCUGCGGGAGAGGGAGGAGUUGCUGCAAGCAAAGGAGAAACAGCUUUUGGAACGUGAGCAGACUCUGCAAAGGGAGAAGAAGCUCUUGCACGAACGGGAGCAGUCCUUCAUCGCCAAGGAGCGGCAGCUGCUGGAGCGGGAGCAGACACUGCAGACGGAGAAGAAGCUUCAGAUGGAGCGAGAGCAGUACCUGCAAUCCAAAGACCAACAGCUCUUUGAACGCGAGGAAGCUUUGCAGAGCGCCACGAAGCUCCAGCAGCAGCAGGAGCUCGAGCAUUUUCAAACGGAGCGACAGCUGGAACGGGCUCGUGCGAAGUCGCAGGACUACAACCUCACCGCCCCAGCACCAGCAGCUCCAGCUCCGCCAGCUGCACCACGUGGCCGGAAGACCGAGCCGCGGGGCCCGCGGGGCCCGCGGGGCGCGGUGAAGGAUCGCUCGAGCAGAUCCCGGGAACGAGAGAUGAAACAGAAGGACCCGGAGCACCGGAAGACCAAGCGGAGAAGAACAGAGCUCUACCGCACCUUCGAAGAGCAGCGCUGGACCUGGUACAAGACCUUGGCGACACCGAUCGCCACACCUUCCCCCGCUGCGGCCGUAACUGCGGCUGUCACAGCGCGAUCCGCUGCAGCGAGCCGACAUGUGGAGCCAGUGAAGCCAAAGGUGGACCGGGAAGAAGCAGACCCUCCACUUCAUCGGCUUGGAUCGGCACGGCCCAUCCUGCUGGAGACCGUGGAGGAAGAGCUGAUGUUGGAGCUGGAUGAGGUCUCUUGUGAUACGGGGAUGUCCUCAGCCGUGAUGUGAAUGAAUGCAACAUAGAGACGAUCCAGAGUCUGUAGACCUUGAGAUCAAGUGAGGAACGUGCGGAAUGCAUGGGUUUUGGAUGCUUGGAGAGACUUCUGAAGGUGCGAAGUCUGCUUCACUCCGGUUCCAGCCCCGAAAAAUCCUCACAUCUGCA